AUGCUUCCUGGUCCAAGCCUGGAGAAUGGGUCUAGAUCUGGCAAGGUAGAAGAUAUGAUACGGUGUGGGAGCAUCCUGUGGUUUGGGGCUAAACCCAUUUAUGGUGGCUGGCUGCUCCUGGCUCCAGAUGGCACUGACUUUGACAACCCAGUGCACCGGUCUCGGAAGUGGCAGCGACGAUUUUUCAUCCUAUAUGAGCAUGGCCUCUUGCGCUACGCCCUGGAUGAGAUGCCCACCACUCUCCCUCAGGGCACCAUCAACAUGAACCAGUGCACAGAUGUGGUAGAUGGGGAGGCCCGCACAGGGCAGAAGUUCUCCCUCUGCAUUCUGACGCCUGACAAGGAACAUUUUAUCAGGGCAGAGACCAAGGAGAUCAUCAGUGGGUGGCUAGAGAUGCUCAUGGUGUAUCCCAGAACCAACAAGCAGAACCAGAAGAAGAAACGGAAAGUAGAGCCACCCACCCCACAGGAGCCUGGGCCUGCUAAGAUGGCUGUCACGAGCAGCAGUGGCGGCAGCGGCGGUAGCAGCAUUCCCAGUGCCGAGAAAGUCCCUACCACCAAAUCCACACUCUGGCAGGAAGAAAUGAGAGCCAAAGACCAGCCUGAUGGAAACAGCCUGAAUCCAGCUCAGAGUCCCAGUCAAACCCUGCCUCCUGCUGUUUGUACCCCACGGGAAAUAGGGCUAGAAAGCAAAGAAGCCGCAUGGUCUACAGCAUCUGCCCCAACAGCCUGGGUAAAGCCAGCAGGCCACCCAACCACAUGGACUCCAGCAGUGCUGGGGGGUGGGGAACAGAGAUACUGGGGAGCACCUUUGCCUUUAAAGCCAGCAGGCAGUAUGCCGCCCUGGCCGACGUCCCUAAGGCCAUCCGGAUCAGCCAUCGAGAAGCCUUCCAGGUGGAGAGAAGGCGGUUGGAGAAUAGGACUCGGGCCCGGAGCCCUGGCAGGGAAGAGGUGGCCCGUCUGUUUGGCAACGAGCGGAGGAGGUCCCAGGUAAUUGAGAAAUUUGAGGCCUUGGACAUUGAAAAGGCAGAGCACAUGGAAACCAACAUGCUGAUUAUGACCACUCCAUCAAGUGACACUCGUCAGGGCCGCAGUGAGAAACGGGCCAUCCCUAGAAAGCGGGACUUUGCCAGUGAAGCCCCCACAGCUCCUCUCUCAGAUGCUUGUCCCCUGUCUCCACACCGAAGAGCCAAGUCAUUGGACAGGAGGUCCACAGAACCCUCCAUGACGCCUGACCUACUGAAUUUCAAGAAAGGCUGGCUAACCAAGCAGUAUGAGGAUGGCCAGUGGAAGAAACACUGGUUUGUCCUGGCUGAUCAGAGCCUGAGAUACUACAGGGAUUCCAUGGCUGAGGAGGCAGCUGACCUAGAUGGAGAAAUUGACUUGUCUACCUGUUAGAUACAUACCAAGGAGGGUGAGUUCACCCUGUCGGCCAUGACAUCUGGCAUACGUCGGAACUGGAUCCAGACUAUUAUGAAGCAUGUGCUCCCAGCAUCUGCCCCAGAUGUGACCAGCUCAUUGCCUGAGGAAAAGAAUAAAAGCACAUCCUCUUUUGAGACCUGCCCAAGGCCGAAUGAGAAGCAAGAAACUGAGCCAGGAGAGCCAGACCCUGAGCAGAAGAAGAGCCGUGCUCGAGAGCGGAGGCGGGAGGGCCGCUCCAAGACAUUUGACUGGGCCGAAUUCCGCCCCAUCCAACAGGCCCUGGCUCAAGAAAGGGCCAACACUGUGGGGUCCUCUGAAGCUGGUGAACCUGGGCGUCCUGAAGCCGAGCCAGGUGAGCUGGAGCGUGAAAGAGCUCGACGGCGAGAAGAGCGCCGAAAGCGCUUUGGGAUGCUGGACACAGUUGAUGGGCCAGGUGUAGAGGAUACACCCCUACGUAUGGACAUAGAUCGGAGCCCAGGGCUGCUGGGACCCCCUGACCUCAAAACGCAGAAUGUCCAUGUGGAAAUUGAGCAGCGAUGGCACCAAGUGGAAACUACCCCUCUCAGGGAGGAGAAACAGGUGCCUAUUGCCCCUCUGCACCUAUCCUUGGAGGACAGAAGUGAGCGGCUAUCUACACAUGAGCUCACCUCUCUGCUAGAGAAAGAGCUGGAGCAGAGCCAGAAAGAGGCCUCGGAUCUUCUAGAGCAGAACCGACUUUUGCAGGACCAGUUAAGGGUGGCCCUGGGCCGAGAGCAGAGUGCCCGGGAGGGCUAUGUGCUACAGACUGAAGUGGCCACCUCCCCAUCGGGUGCCUGGCAGAGGCUCCAUAGAGUCAACCAAGACCUCCAAAGUGAGCUGGAAGCUCAGUGCCGACGGCAAGAGCUCAUCACGCAGCAAAUUCAGACCCUGAAACAUAGCUAUGGGGAGGCCAAGGAUGCAAUCCGGCAUCAUGAGGCUGAGAUUCAGACCCUGCAAGCAAGACUUGGUAAUGCAGCUACAGAGCUGGCCCUUAAGGAGCAGGCUCUAGCCAAGCUCAAGGGUGAGCUGAAGCUGGAGCAGGGCAAAGUUCGUGAGCAACUGGAGGAAUGGCAGCACAGCAAGGCCAUGCUGAGUGGCCAGCUGAGGGCCAGUGAGCAGAAACUCAAAAGUACAGAAGCCUUGCUGCUAGAAAAGACACAGGAACUGAGGGACCUAGAAACACAGCAGGCAUUGCAACGGGACCGACAGAAGGAGGUGCAGAAGCUGCAGGAAUGCAUUGCUGAGCUCAGCCAGCAACUAGGUUCCAGUGAACAGGCCCAGAAUAUGAUGGAGAAGAAGUUGAAGAGGAACUACACACUAUUGCUAGAGAGCUGUGAACAAGAGAAGCAGGCACUGUUGCAGAACCUGAAGGAGGUAGAGGACAAGGCCAGUGCCUAUGAGGAGCAACUCCAAGGCCAUGUGCAGCAGGUAGAAGCCCUCCAAAAAGAGAAACUGAGUGAGACAUGCAAAGGCAGUGAACAGGUGCACCUGCUAGAGGAAGAGCUGCAGGCCCGGGAGGCGAGCAUCCGCCAGUUAGCCCAGCAUGUACAGAGCCUCCAUGAAGAACGGGAUCUCAUCAAGCAACAAUUCCAAGAACUCAUGGAACGUGUGGCCACGUCUGAUGGGGACGUGGCUGAGCUCCAAGAGAAGCUGAGGGGAAAAGAAGCUGACUACCAGAAUCUAGAGCACUCACACCACAGGGUCUCUAUCCAGCUACAGAGUGUGCGCACUCUGCUGAGAGAAAAGGAAGAGGAGCUCAAGCACAUUAAGGAAGCACAUGAGAGAGUUCUAGAAAAGAAAGACCAAGACCUCAAUGAGGCUUUGGUUAAAAUGAUCGCCUUGGGCAGCAGCUUAGAGGAAACAGAAAUUAAGCUGCAGGAAAAGGAAGAGUGUCUAAGGAGAUUUGUAAGUGAUUCUCCAAAAGAUGCCAAAGAGCCUCAGAGUACGGCAGAGCAAAUGGAGGACAGUGGCAUUUUGCCACUAGGCUCAGUCACCAGAGUAUUUCCAGGCUUUGCCCACUCACAGCCAGAGGAUGAAGACCCUGGUGCUGGCCAAGGGGAGGAGUGUAGCAGUGGUAGCCCCAGCAGAGAGGACAUGGUAGCCCCAAAGUCUGCAGAUGUGCCUGACAGGGAGGGGAACCUGCAAAGCUCCUCUAAAUCUGACCAGGGAGCACCUUUGAAAAGGCCAAGAAUCCGGUUCUCCACAAUCCAGUGCCAGAGAUAUAUACACCCUGAGGGGUGUGCCAAGGCCUGGACUAGCAGCACAUCAUCAGACACCAGCCAGGACCAGUCACCCUCAGAGGACAGUGUGUCCUCAGAAGCUACCCCUAGCACACUCCCUGCAGCUGCAGAUGCUGAAACAUACAUCUCUAUAAUCCACUCCCUGGAGACAAAGCUCUAUGUCACAGAGGAGAAGCUCAAAGAUGUGACCGUGAGGCUGGAGAGCCAGCAGGGCCAGAGUCAGGAGGCAUUGCUUGCAUUGCACCAGCAGUGGGCUGGCACUGAGGCACAACUGCGGGAGCAACUCCGUGCCAGCCUGCUACAGGCUAGUGCACUGGCCUCUCAGCUAGAGCAGGAGAGACAGGAGAAGGCCACAAACAUCGAGCACCACCCUGAGGAGCUGGGAGACUUCCAAGUCAAAAAUAGUCAAGCCCUGGCAUGCUUAGAAAACUGCUGGAGAAAGUUGAGGUCUCUGCCAUUUGCUGACCAGGAGGAGGGGCAGGAUGCAUGUGCAGCCUCCCUGGCUAACAUAGAGAGUAUGCUUGUGGGUGCUAUAAAGGCCCUUCAGCCAUGGGCAUCCCCCAUAGACAGCAGUGCACAGACUCAGCAAGAGAAGGGGCACCCCAUGGAAAGUGGCCUGGCAACCCCUGUACAGCAGCCCUGCCAGCCCAUAUUGAAUGAGCAGGAACAUAGGAAGCUGCUUUCUGCUCAGAUAGUCCUGGAGGCCUCACUCAUCAACCAAAUAGCUGACUCUCUAAAGAAUACCACUUCAGAUGUGUAUGGUGUUCUCUGUGAGCUUACUCAGUCAGGGGAGUGGCCAUUAAAGGAAGAAAGUGCUGCCCUCUCUGCUGGGGCUCCAGUGGAGAUCUGGGCCAAGAAGGUGCUGGUGAAUGGUGAGUUCUGGAGCCAGGUCGAGUCCUUAAGUAAGCACCUAGGGACACUGGGACAAGAAACAGCCUGCACAUCAGGAGACAGGCAGCGGCAUAUUCCCCAGAGUCUGGCUGAUGCCACGUGGAUUCGUGCAGAGCUCAGCUAUGCCACACAAUCAUUAAGAGAAUUGUUUCACCAUAGGCUACAAAGCAUACAGGAGACCCUACAGGGGACCCAGGCAGCCUUACAGCAGCACAAAUGCAUGUUGGGAGAAAUCUUAGGAGCCUACCAAACCCCAGACUUUGAAAGAGUAAUUCAGCAGAUCUUAGAAACCCUCAGGAAUCCAGCUGGAAGGGAGGACCAGGUACAGACAUCCUGGGACCAGAGCCCAUUAGGAGAGGUGCUGAAGCCAGACACAGAGGGCUCCCAAGAGCCCUUGCAGGCUUUCCAUCAGAGCCCUGAAGUCCUUGCUGCCAUUCAGGAUGAGCUGGCCCAGCAGCUGAGAGAAAAGGCUAGCAUCCUUGAGGAGAUUUCAGCUGCCUUACCAGCUCUGCCUCCCACAGAGCAACUUGGGGGUUGCCAGAGGCUUCUGCAGAUGUCCCAGCAUCUCUCAUAUGAUGCUUGUCUAGAGGGCCUUGGUCAGUAUUCUUCAUUACUGGUUCAAGAUGCAAUUAUUCAGGCUCAAGUGUGCUAUGCAGCAUGCAGAAUUCGGCUGGAAUAUGAAAAGGAGCUGCGAUUUUACAAGAAGGCCUGUCAGGAGGCUACAGGAGACUCUUGCCAGAAGCGUGCACAAGCAGUUGGGGUCCUAAAGGAGGAGUAUGAAGAACUUCUCCACAAGCAGAAGAGUGAGUACCAGAAAGUGAUCACCCUCAUUGAAAAGGAAAACACUGAGCUCAAGGCCAAGGUGAGCCAGAUGGACCAUCAGCAGAGAUGUCUACAAGAAGCAGAAAGCAAACACAGUGAAAGCAUGUUUGCGCUGCAGGGCAGGUAUGAGGAGGAGAUUAGGUGCAUGGUGGAGCAGCUGAGCCACACCGAAAGUACACUGCAGGCUGAGCGUAGCCGGGUUCUCAGCCAGCUAGACGCAUCAGUCAAAGACAGGCAAGCCAUGGAACAGCAACAUGUACAGCAAAUGAAGAUGCUGGAGGACAGGUUCCAGCUGAAGGUCCGGGAGCUGCAGGCUGUCCAUCAGGAGGAGCUGAGGGCCUUGCAGGAACACUAUAUAUGGAGCCUGCGGGGAGCCCUCAGCCUCUGCCAACCCUCACACCCAGAUUCCCCACUGGCCCCCAGGCCAUCUGAGCCCAGAGCUGUGCCAACAGCCAAGGAUGAGGCCGAAUCCAUGACAGGGCUGCGAGAACGCAUCCAGGAGCUGGAGGCCCAAAUGGAUGUCAUGCGAGAAGAGCUAGGCCACAAAGAGCUGGAGGGUGAUGUGGCCACCCUGCGGGAGAAGUACCAGCGGGACUUUGAGAGCCUCAAGGCUACAUGUGAACGAGGCUUUGCUGCCAUGGAAGAGACACACCAGAAGAAGAUUGAAGACCUACAGAGGCAACACCAGCGGGAACUGGAGAAGCUGCGAGAGGAAAAGGACCGCCUCCUGGCUGAGGAGACAGCUGCCACCAUCUCAGCCAUUGAAGCCAUGAAGAAUGCUCAUCGGGAGGAGAUGGAACGGGAGUUAGAGAAGAGCCAGCGGUCUCAGAUCAGCAGCAUCAAUUCGGACAUCGAAGCCCUGAGGCGGCAGUACCUGGAGGAGCUGCAGUCAGUGCAGAGGGAGCUGGAGGUCCUUUCGGAGCAGUACUCCCAGAAGUGCCUGGAGAAUGCACACCUGGCCCAGGCGCUGGAGGCUGAGCGGCAGGCCCUACGGCAAUGCCAACGUGAGAACCAGGAACUCAAUGCCCACAACCAGGAGCUGAAUAAUCGACUGGCUGCGGAGAUCACACGGUUGAGGACACUACUGACUGGAGAUGGUGGUGGGGAGUCCACUGGGUUGCCACUCACACAGGGCAAGGAUGCCUACGAAUUGGAGGUCUUGUUGCGGGUCAAAGAGUCAGAAAUACAGUACCUGAAGCAGGAGAUCAGCUCCCUCAAGGAUGAACUCCAGACAGCCCUUCGGGAUAAGAAGUACGCUAGUGACAAGUACAAAGACAUCUAUACAGAGCUCAGCAUUGCAAAGGCCAAAGCGGACUGUGAUAUCAGCAGGUUGAAAGAGCAGCUGAAAGCAGCCACAGAGGCCCUGGGAGAGAAAUCUCCUGAGGGCACUACUGUGUCAGGAUAUGACAUCAUGAAAUCUAAAAGCAAUCCUGACUUCCUGAAAAAAGACAGAUCCUGUGUUACCCGGCAACUCAGAAACAUCAGGUCCAAGAGUCUGAAGGAAGGCCUGACGGUGCAAGAGCGCUUGAAGCUCUUCGAGUCCAGGGACUUGAAGAAAGACUAGCUGCGUCCUUAUCCACCUGACACAUCCUUCCCAGCUGGUGGCAGCAUAAGCCCAGGGCGGCUUUCAUCUGCAUCUGUGCUUUUCACUGUUGCCGUCAUUAACUGUGGGUAUGGAUGCAUGAGAGACUGCUGUGUGGGGUAUUUGCUCCAUUCCCUUCCCUGUUGAAUUCGACUUCCAUUGUCUUUAUCACAGCUUUUCCCCCAUGGUAUUCAAGAUUAGCCACGCUCAAGCAGUAGUGGGGAGGGCUUCCCCACUGACAUCUGAGCAGGACCCCCUUUGUCCUCCCACCACACUCACUGUCAGUAUUAAGGCACAGCAGCCUGUUAAUAAGCUAGCCCUGCCUCAGAGUAUACAUGUGGGGACCUGCCAGUGGCUUUGCUCUACUGCACCCAGCUGAGCACCACCCCUGCUGGUUAGAGCAGAGCCACCGAAUGUUCUAGUCUGCCCUGGUUGUUGAGGGGCCUUGGAUAGUGUCCAGCCUGUCCCCACUUCCUUUUGACCAGGGAGGACAGCAUUUUGUAUUUGGCCCACUGAUGCAGCUUAGACCCAAACCCCAGAUAAUCCUGGCAAAUCUUUCACAACCUGGAAAAUGUUGAAAGCAACCAUUCCUAUUUUGGUUUUUUAUUAAAUCUUGCACAAAAGCCCCGGCCCCUCUCAUUCCUUCCUCCGCUCGUGCCUCCCUUGCCUUUCUAACUCUGGUCCUCUGGUGGCUGACAAUAGUGACCUGCAGCCUGCACCUUCAGGCUUGUCAAGUGUGAUGAUCCUACCCUGGGUCAUCUAGAGGGGACAAAUUGCUGGGUUUUUAACCUGUCUGAAAAGUUGCCAAUGUUGUUUGGAGAAGGGAUGAGAGGACACCUGUGUGUGAAGACAGGGCUGCUAAGAAUAGCAGCAUGUGCUCAGAACCCUGAUUUGUCUGAGUUCUGGAAGGUUCCCUUGAAGUGUCUGCUUCUCAUGGAGCCAUUAACAGAGAGCCUGUGCUAAUAAGUUUGCUUUUCUAGCUUGCUGAAUAGGACUUUCUUACAACUCAAAGCAUUCUACAGUGUUUUGUUUUUUUGUUUUUUAAAGAAAGAAAACUUAGAGGUUUCUGUUCUAAAAAAAAAAAAAAAAAAAAAAAACCAUGCAGCAUACACAAAAGAGCCCCAUGUCAAAUAGGAGAGUCCGUGGCUUUACAACAAGAUCCCACCAUCCUGAGUCCCAGGUCCCUGGCUUGGAGCUUCCACUUUGUAAGUGUUGAGUCGGUCAGAUGGUCUCUGGGUGCGCAAAUUCAACUCAUGUGUGAAUCCCCUCAGUCAGUUCUACAUGAGUGAUGUUCAAGGUCAUCCACAGUGUCUAGCUGGCCUUGAAGUAGACAGGCAGAACCCCUCUCCCCCCCUCCCCCAUAACUGCUUGUGACAUUUGCAAGUGUGCUGCUGUCCCACAGACAAGCCUGGGCUUAAGUUCCUCAUUGGCACAUGCUUGCUGCUCAGUUGCCAUUUGUUUUCAGGAUAGGGCAAGUCAGAGUUGUUAAAAUGGAGCUGUUGCUGAAACAGUGUUUUGAGCUCAGAGUGGGCCAUGGUAGCAUGUGCAUGGCUGGGAUGCAGAGGCUGUAGUUUGUAUUAAGGACUACUGUUCUCUGACGACCUUCCUUUGCAACUGUCCUGCCCUUGGGACCCUCUGGCCACAGUGAAAUCAUCUCCCUGAUGUGCCACAGCGCCUUCUCAAGAUGCCAAGGAUACAGAUCAAAAGAACAUUUAUAGUACCUGGGAAUCAGAAGCAAGGGCUGGGAGACAAGCUGCACCUAUCGCAUCUGCCAAUCAAGCUCUUACUGAAGGCUCACUUUUGCCAUUACAGCACUCUCUGCCUAGGGCUGAUUUCACGUGUGGGUGUGUGGUGUGGUGGCCAGAUACUGAACUGGCACAAUAUAGGGAUGCCUGGAUCAUCUCCCACUGCCCAAGCCACGUGGGUACAUCUUGAGUUUUUUGGUAGUGACUUCCAGCAGAAGUGAGCCAGGAAAGAAGCUGGUCUUCUGUGUCCCUGGUGGCCAUGCAUGCUCACUGCAGCAUUUUACUUUGGACUGCUGCUGUCCUGUGUCAGUUCCCUUCCCCCAGGCUGUGCAGGGCUCACUUUUGCCUGACCUCCUUACAGGCAUCCCAUUCCCUGGAAAGAAGCUGAAGUUGAUGUAUUCCAGAGGAGGCAUCAAAUGUACCAGUAGAGGAAGAUGCUCAGUUGAGAAUGGCAUAGUGUAGACCAAGAAGCCUUGGGCUGUUCCCAGCCCAGUCAGUGGCAUGCUUUCCCCAUUUCAUAGUGGGAGCAGCAUUAAAAUGAACAGACUUCAGAAUUUUAUUCUCUUAUAUACGCUUGAAAUCUGCCAGCACAUCUGCAAGCAAACUGCCAUUACAGGGAACCUACCUGAUAUCAUAUGACAGCUGAUGUAAACACAUGCUUAAAUUACAUCUUGCACAUGUGUGGUGCCCAGCACCUGAACAGAGAGCACAUUUGUCACACAGGGCUGCCAAUUUUCUAGUAUGGUGGUGUCCACAGAGCCAGGGCCAUAAUGGGAGGCCCAUUGUUUCAGGGAGACCAGAGGAGGCCAGGGCCUCAUGAAGUAAGGAAUCACCAGAGGAAGAAGGCUGGGAAUGUAUGAAUUCACUGAGUGAAACCUAAAGCCAGAAUUGAACCUCUGCUGGAUCCAACAGCAGAACACUGAACUCUGGGUGUAGUUGUAUAUGCCUGUGUUCCAAGUCCUGGGUUAUGUAACAAGACUCUGACUCAAAAUACAGAUGGACUAAGGUUGUAUAUAUAGCUUAAUAAUGGUAGAGCACCCACCUAGCAUGUGUAAGACCUAGGGUUCAACUAUAGCACUACAAAGAGCACUUGUGAACUUCAGAACAUGUGCUGAAAAGGAGCCUGAAAGAGUUGACUAGGAAACAAAACUAGUGUGAAAGACAUUUGAUGGGAUAUGUAUUGCUGAUAACUUUCCUACAAAGGGAGAUGGCACACUGUCUUCUACCCUGGAACUGCAGAGAACUGAACACACUCCUCAUUGCUGACACCUAGCUGGUACUGAGGGGGAGUGGCUGGAUACCACAAGGCCUGCACUGUUUUUGUGGACCUGGGCAUCAUUUGGUGCAGAGAUUCCUGCAGUCCUGUUCUACACACCAAGUGGUCUUUCUCCUGACCUCUAACCAUACUCUGGCUCCCCAAACAGGCUGGAUAAGCAACCAGAGGCUCCAUGAAACCUGACAUCAGGGAGAACUUUGGGAUCCCCACUCCUGCCUCCAUGUGAAUAUCCAAUGCAAGCUGCAUACCAAAGUUAGCUGGGCAGCUACAGAUAGACUCAGAUACCCAAAUGUACACCCAAACCACAGACUCUGCUGAUGGAGGGGACACCAGUAACCUCUCAGCUGACUGGCCUGCACCAAAAGCAAGAGGGUUAGCUCUUCCUGCUAGGCUGUAAACAUCACCUUCCCAGCUCCUUUCUCACAGGAGCUCCCAGCAUACAACAGGGCACUCAGCCUUUCCUGUAGCUCAGAGCAAGUAGUGGUAUUUGAGACAUGAUACAGGGAUUUCAGUGCAGAGUUUGAGUUAGUAAAACAUCUAGACAGCCUUUUAGGAAGUAUGGAGGGCAAUGCUGGAUUCAGUGCAAACCCCACUCAAACAUCAGAAGACGGGGAGUUAGCUAGGUGUGGUUACUCACCAUUUAAUCCAGCACUUGGGAGGCAGAGACAAGCUAAAUUUGAGACCAGCCUGGUCUACAUAGUGAGUUCCAGAAGAGCUAGAGCUACACAGCGAAACCCCAUCUAUAAAUAAAACAACCCAAACAACAGAAGACUAAAUUAAUAACCAGUGUUUUGAAGGUUUUGGUUACUUGACAGUUGCUUUGCAGGCUAUCCCCUUAACCCACACUCAUGGCAAGCCCUGGCUGCUACUGAGAGCAUUCCAAGACUGGUAGAGCCACUCAAGGAAAACCAGGAAUAUGAGGAACUUCUGGUACCCAGCCUUCAGGCUUCUUAGGGGAACUGGCUGGGGUUAUAGGCUGCUUCAGGUCCAGGUGCCUAGCUUCUGACGGAACUGUGGGGCUGGAUUGUGUACAGCCUGACUACUAGUCUCUUAUCUAGCUCCCUGGGUAUAAUUCUGUUGACACUGGUAAGGAACUAGUCCAUCAGUACAGAGUUUAAAAACUAGACAGUCCAGAACUGAAGGACUUUAAGGCCUCUCCAAUUUCUGUGGGUCACCAGUAAGCCUGGCAUCUUCCAUGGUGGAGCAGGACUCCAUAGCCAGCAUUUGCCAUAAAGAGGUGCAGUUGUAAUGGCUGACACAGCCCACUCUAGCUUGCCAGUCAACAUGCUCUUGGCAUCUCUCCUUUUGUUAGGCAUACCACACAGCCGAUUUUAUUUUAGCUAGGAAUAAAUUGUAAAGAACACUAAAUUCAUUAUUAGUUUCUAUCACAAACUUCAAUUUAAAUAGAUUUUAAUCACUAAGAUUUACCUUUGGUAUUAAUGCUUUAAUGCCAAGAUUCAAAACCAGUUCUGUGGUACUUAACCAGUGUGGCUUUCUGUGGGUGUGCUAUGUAGAAAUAGUAAGCAUCCCAGUUACAGUGGCUCCUUGACAAUCAGAACUCUAGGUGACCUUCCAUUACAGCUGCUUGACUGGGCUGGGGUGCAUGUCUGUGAACAGGACAUCUUGCAGGGCCACUUUGCAGCAGUCACAGGCUUGUGCCAUCUCACCUGGUAUUUAGUUUCUGUUCUGAUACAAUCAAUUUGGUUGCCAGACUGAAAGUGUAGAAGAAAAUGGAGCCUCACUGAGCCAAGGGAGGCUGUGAGUACAGCUUCCAGAACCAGCUUAGGCCUCAGUGUAUGUGCAUAGGGUGUGGCCUUCCUGCAGAUAAAGUGUCCCCUAAACUCCUCAUUCAAACAUUUUAUGGUUUAGUAUAAGGCGUUUCCUACAAAGUUUGUGGUCAGGUGUUCACUAUAAUUGAAAUGUUAAUUUGUAGAAAUAUUUAUUCCUUUGUGUGACAAGCUAGAGUCCUUGGCUAUAGCUAACCAUUUUUAUUGUGUAAAUACUGCUUGAUUUUACAUGAACUGUAUCAUAAUAAACUAUUUUUGCAUUGCC